UAAUUUACACGGACUAUGUAUAACUGUGUACGUAUGCACGGUUGCGCGCACACAGAGUAAUACGCAACACAAGAACCGUCUCUAAACGCAUUUUCGUGGUUGCAUUCUCUCUCUCUAUCUCUCGUGGCUUCACGCGCCCUCUCUCUCUCUCUCUCUCUCUCAUCUGUGUCAGAAUUUGAUGAUUUCUUCGUCAGAAGGCAUACGAAGAUGAGAUCGAUUGCGAGCUUUCCUUCUCUCGAUAAUGGUGGAAAUACGAAGAUUUAAGCUCAAAAACAGGUAGCUAUAAUUAUCUCUCUCUCUCCAGACAUCACAUUUCUUCCGACAACUCCAAGUAAGAACCACCAUGACAUUGAGCAACCUUAAGCUUGGGGUGGAUGUGGUCAGCGCUCACAACCUUCUGCCUAAAGAUGGGCAGGGUUCCUCCAGUGCUUUUGUGGAGCUCCAUUUUGAUGGCCAGAAGUUUCGCACCACUAUCAAGGAGAAGGAUCUCAACCCUGUUUGGGAUGAGAGCUUCUAUUUCAACAUAUCUGACCCUUCCAACCUCCACAAUCUCACUCUUGAUGGUUACAUCUACAAUAAUAUCAAAGCCACCCAUUCCAGGUCCUUCCUUGGAAAGGUUUGCCUGAAUGGGACUUCAUUUGUUCCCUACUCGGAUGCGGUUGUCUUGCACUACCCUCUGGAAAAACGUGGGAUCUUCUCACGUGUAAGAGGAGAGCUCGGUCUUAAAGUUUAUAUUACUGAUGAUCCAUCAAUAAAAUCCUCUAACCCACUUCCUGCAGCUGAGGACACUCAGGCUCACACCCAAUCAGUUCUAAAUCAGGCUCCAAGCACUUUUUCAAACGUCAAAACCGAGUCAAGGCACACCUUCCAUCAUCUCCCAAACCCUAAUCAUCCCCAACAGCAGCAACAUUCUCCUGUUGUUGCAGUGCCCCAUCAAGUAACAAAGUAUGGGGCUGAUGAGAUGAAAGCUGAACCUCAGCCUCCAAAGCUUGUUCGUAUGUACUCAGCAUCAUCAGCACAACCUGUUGAUUAUGCCCUUAAAGAGACGAGCCCAUUCCUUGGCGGGGGACGAGUUGUAGGGGGUCGUGUCAUUCGUACUGACAAGGCUGCUUACACUUAUGAUCUUGUUGAACAGAUGCACUUCCUCUUUGUAAGAGUUGUUAAGGCUCGUGAUCUUCCUGCAAUGGAUGUUACAGGGAGUCUUGAUCCAUAUGUUGAAGUGAAAAUUGGAAAUUAUAAAGGAGUUACAAAACAUUUAGAGAAACAGCAGAAUCCGAUGUGGAAUGUGGUGUUUGCCUUCUCAAGGGAGCGGAUGCAAGCAUCUGUACUAGAAGUUGUGGUUAAGGACAAGGAUUUGCUCAAGGAUGACUAUGUUGGCACUGUAAGGUUUGACCUCAGUGAGGUUCCCAUGCGGGUUCCACCGGAUAGUCCACUAGCUCCAGAGUGGUACCGGCUUGGGGACAAGAAGGGAGAGAAAAUAAAGGGUGAGCUGAUGCUAGCAGUUUGGAUUGGCACCCAAGCAGAUGAGGCUUUUCCUGAUGCAUGGCAUUCUGAUGCUGCUACACCUGUUGACAGUUCGGGAGCUGCAUCAACACUAAUACGUUCAAAGGUCUAUCACGCACCACGAUUAUGGUACGUACGUGUUAACGUUGUUGAGGCACAGGACUUGAUUCCCUCGGAGAAGAACCGUUUCCCUGAUGUAUAUGUAAAGGCACAUAUUGGAAACCAAGUGAUGAAGACAAGGACAGUUCAGGCUCGGACACUGAACCCCCUCUGGAAUGAAGAUCUCUUGUUCAUUGCUGCUGAACCCUUCGAAGAUCAUCUCAUCCUUACAGUUGAAGAUCGUGUGGGUCCCGGCAAAGAUGAGAUUAUUGGGAGGGUCAUCAUUCCGUUGAGCAUUGUAGAGAAGCGUGCUGAUGAUCGGAUAAUUCAUUCUCGUUGGUUUAACCUGGAAAAGCCGGUUGUUGUGGAUGUGGAUCAGCUGAAGAAAGAGAAGUUCUCUAUGAGGCUCCAUCUCCGAGUCUGUCUAGAUGGAGGCUACCAUGUUCUUGAUGAGUCGACUCACUAUAGUAGUGAUCUUCGCCCCACAGCAAAACAACUUUGGAAGCCAUCAAUUGGGGUUUUGGAACUAGGCAUUCUAAAUGCUGUAGGACUCCACCCUAUGAAAACACGAGAUGGAAAGGGCACAUCAGAUACAUACUGUGUAGCAAAGUAUGGUCAUAAAUGGGUCCGAACUCGAACCAUUGUUGACAAUCUGUGCCCAAAGUACAACGAGCAGUAUACUUGGGAGGUUUUCGACCCUGCAACAGUUCUCACUGUUGGUGUUUUCGACAACAGUCAGCUUGGGGAAAAGGGUAGCAAGGACCUUAAGAUUGGGAAGGUUCGAAUUCGUAUUUCGACGCUGGAAACAGGCCGUGUUUAUACACACUCCUAUCCAUUGCUGGUUCUUCACCCAACUGGAGUUAAGAAAAUGGGGGAGGUGCAUUUGGCUAUACGAUUUUCAUGCACAUCUUUUGUGAACAUGCUCCAUAUAUACUCUCGUCCACUGUUACCCAAAAUGCACUACGUAAGGCCAUUCACUGUUAUGCAGCUUGACAUGCUACGCCACCAAGCUGUUAACAUAGUGGCUGCACGGCUAGGUCGAGCAGAACCCCCACUUCGGAAGGAGGUGGUAGAAUACAUGUCUGAUGUGGACUCACACCUUUGGAGCAUGCGCCGUAGCAAGGCAAAUUUCUUCCGGCUAAUGACUGUUUUCUCGGGACUAUUUGCUGUUGGGAAAUGGUUUGGGGAUAUUUGCAUGUGGAAGAACCCCAUCACUACCGUGCUUGUUCAUGUGCUGUUUGUCAUGCUUGUUUGCUUCCCAGAACUGAUUUUGCCCACAGUUUUCCUUUACAUGUUUCUAAUUGGAAUUUGGAACUUUCGGUACCGGCCAAGGUACCCUCCCCACAUGAACACAAAGAUCUCGCAAGCUGAGGCUGUGCACCCUGAUGAGCUUGACGAGGAGUUUGACACAUUUCCAACAAGCCGAAGUCCAGAGCUAGUGAGAAUGAGGUAUGAUCGGCUGAGAAGCGUGGCUGGUAGGAUUCAGACUGUUGUGGGAGAUAUCGCAACUCAAGGAGAGCGUUUCCAGUCACUGCUAAGCUGGCGAGACCCGCGUGCUACAGCCAUCUUUGUGAUAUUCUGCCUCAUAGCGGCCAUAGUGUUGUAUGUGACACCAUUCCAGGUGGUGGCAGCUUUGGCAGGGAUUUAUAUGAUGAGGCAUCCCAGAUUCCGCUAUCGGUUGCCAUCAGUGCCCAUCAACUUCUUCCGCCGCCUGCCAGCUAGGACAGACAGUAUGCUGUAAGUCGGUGGUGACUGGGUGUUUCCAGCUGGGAUUCAGGACUUGUUUGUUCUUCACCUAUGCUUGUAGGUAUUAGACUGCUAUUCCCCCUUCUGUUUCUUAUGUACCCAUGUAUUGGACUUGAGUAGAUUAUGAUAAGACAUUCAGCCCAUGAAUAAUUCCUGUAUGAUCUUUUUACAUAAUAAGUUUGUUUAGAUGAAUUACAUCUCAAGAAUAGGUAAAUUGAAUUUUGUUCAA